AUGAACUCUAAUAGCAAAUCUAACAGCAGAUCAGUUUCAAGAAAUACAGUUACUAAGCCAGCAAAGAGGACUAACACCAUAUAGUUUAGUACUGCAAAGAAAGACACUGCAAAGAGCAAUACUAUGAAAACACCUGAAAAAUUCAAUACCUCUAGAAAAUCGUAAUCACCUUUUGAAAGAGCUUAGACAUCGACAAUGAAAUCGGAGGACUUAAAAUAGCUGCAGAUAAAUUCAGUUAUGAAUGUGGUACAAGAACCUCAUUAGUCUAUGAGACCAGAAGGUGAAAUGGAUUUGACUCUAGGCUCUCCAACCAAUGAAGCUCAAAUGAAUAUGGAUUCUUCACUAGAUAACUCUCUCACAAGUCCUCAAAAAAAUCAAAAAGAAGAGAUUGAAGGCACCAAUCAGCCAUUUAAUAGAGAUAGCAGUAUGUCAUCUUUGCUUGAAAAUAGCUCUCUUAAGGUGAGGCUGAACCUAGUGCCCAAAGAGAAUCCCAUUUGUAAUCUGCAUCCAGAGUUAAAGUAGUCACUCUAUUGCAGAAAUUGUGAGAAAAAGCUGUGUGAAAAGUGCUUUAGGGAUCCGAAACAUCAAGACCACUAAUUUGAGUAGAUAGAUAAGUUCGUUGAGUUCAAGAAAGCAUCAUGGAGUGAUUACUUCUAGGAAUAAAGACUUAGAAUAAGAAAUAUCAUGCAAGGAGUAGAUUAUAUUAGCUGGGGUACUUUGGAUCAAGAACUAAAACAGUUAGUUACUGAUCCUUUUUAUAAGUAGAAAGAGCUUUUAAUAAAUAUAGAGGAAUUUGAGAAUUCAAUAGCCAAACUCAUAAAUUAACAUAACAUCAAGCAGCUCAUUAACUACGAUAAUAGGAAAGAUUAUAUAGCCAGAGUUAUCUAUGAUUUCAAUUAAGACAUCUUGAACUUCAAGCAAGUCAGUUAUUUCUAUAAAAAGUAAUAAGAAUCAGCUCACUUGAUAGACAUGGAAUAGCAACUUAAAGAUCUGGUUAACACCGAAAUGGAAAACUUCAGAUCGUUUAAUAAACAAGAAUUAGAAUAUGCUACAAACAAGAUCAUAUACUUGGAACAAGAAAUCAUUCCUUAAAUAGAAUAGCUACCAAAGUACAAUUCCAAUGACGAUCUUCAAGAAUUGAAAAAGUCUCAAAAUGAGAUUGUUAAGACUAUUGAGGGUUUACUAAAAAUGAAGCAGCAAUUGUAAAAAGAUCAAACUUCUAUCCAGCAGUUGAACAAUUAGUUCAAGGACUUUGUAUUUGAAUUUGAAAAAUUAAGAACCCAGUCAAGUGAGGUAGAAGGCAAAUUCAAGUAAACUCUGAAAAAGACUCAAGUUGACAUUGACAAAGAGCAAAAUUAGAAGAUAAACGAUUUGAACAAGAAAAUACUUGACCUGGAAGCAGUAGUAAAUUAAAAGCUAUCUUCAUAAAUUGUUGAGUUCUAAAGAGAUUCUUAGACUUCUUAAAAGUAUUUAGAAAAGAAAAUAAAUGAGAUAUAAGAGCUAAUGUUAGCUAAGAACAGUGAAGUUAGUGAUAAACAGUAGAUUGAGUUCUUGUAAUUUGACUCCUAGAUCUAGUCCAUUUAAAUCAUUGUAGAUUAAAAAAUACAAAGCUUAAACGAAAAGUUAAAAGAGCAGGAAAUAGAUAUUGAGUCUCUGAAAGAUCAUUCAACUAUACUUAAACAAAGACAAGAACAGCUAGUUAAUCAUCAUAGUGAUACAUAAAUUGGCCUAAAAAAACUUGAGUCUGAUCUUGAACUAUACAUGAAAAGUGAGAGAGAGCGAAGGGUGAGAAACUGGGACUUAGAUUCAGGGGAAGAGGCUGAGAUACAAACGUAGCAUAAUAAUCAAACACUAAUAAUGCUCAGCAAUUAGCUAGUAGUAGUAGCCUAGCACAUCCCACUGGGCAACAAACAAUAUCUUAAUAUUUAUGAUACUGAUAGUGAUUAUGAGCAAGCAGGGUCAAUCCAAACAUUUCAUACAGGAUUCAUCUCCUGCAUGGCUGAGCAUAAUAAAAUGUUAUUAACUGGAUCAUACGAUUAAAUGAUAGGUUUAUGGGAUAUAUACAAUGGAUUUUAGCUUCUAUAAAAAUAUGCUUAAGGCAAUGAAGAGGCAUUGACUUGCAUUCUAUCUAUUGAUAAUAGAUAUUUCAUGUCUUCAUGUAAUCAAGGUUCUCUUAAAAUUUGGGACUCUGUUAAUCAUAGUCUUGCCUGCAAUAAAAGCCAUUAGCACAAGCAAAAGAUCAAUAAUAUCCAGAUAAUAUCUAAAUAUAGAGUAAUAUCAUCUUCAAAUGAUAAAUUUGCUACUAUCUGGCAACUGCAAGGUGCAAAUAUGUCUAAAGUUUAUGAGUUACCUCACAAUUCUUUCGUCGUAUCAGCAUAAUAGUUAUCCACUCAGGAUGAGGAUCUGAUUCUGACUUGCACAAUGCAAGGCUAUCUUUCAAUAUGGAAUCUUGACUAUAUAUUAUAGCAAGCAUCAAGCUAGUAAAAAUUUGUGCCAUCACCUAUAAAGCAAUUUAAACUUGACUCGAAUCAGAGUUUGAUUCAAUCUUAACUCAUUCAAGACUAUAAUUACAAGCUAUAUCCAUUUUUACUUUUGAAAACAAUCAUUGAAGUGCAUAUUAUUUAAAUAACCACAGGCAAGCACUUCAAAGCCUAGAUUAAGUUGGAUUUAGAAGCCAAAAAGAACAAAAGUGGUGAAUUGGAAAAAUUUGCUGAAAUGAAAAAGUGUAUUCAAAUAGAUUAGCAGCAUUUGAUGGUAAUUGAUGGUGAUAGAAUUAAAGUUAUUGCUAUUGAGAUUACAAAUCUAAAAGAUGUGCUUUUAUGA